AUGGCUGCCCCACAGAAAGGAGACCUGUCCGCAGCAGAGAGGAAGAUGCUACAGGUCAUCACCGCUGGUGAUGUGCAGGAGGUGGCGCAGCUGCUGGCAAGCAAUGAAGUCAGAAUCAACUGUUUAGAUGAGAAUGGCAUGACCCCGCUGAUGCACGCAGCGUACAAGGGGAAGGCGGACAUGUGUCGUCUGCUCCUACAGCACGGGGCCGACGUCAACUGUAACCAGCACGAGUACGGCUACACGGCCCUCAUGUUCGCUGGACUCUCAGGGAAGACAGACAUCACCUCCAUGAUGCUGGACGCGGGGGCAGAAAUAGACCUGGUCAACUCUGUGGGUCGGACUGCAGCACAAAUGGCUGCUUUUGUUGGUCAGCAUGACUGUGUGACUGUCAUCAACAACUUCUUCUCGCGGGCACGGCUGGAGUACUACACCAGACCCCAAGGAGUAGACACCGAACCCAUGCUACCCCCCCGACUGGCAGGCCCUCUGCACAAGAUCAUCAUGACCACCAACCUCAACCCCGUCAAGAUUGUGCUGCUGGUGAAGGAGGAGCCCGCUCUGGUGGACCCGUGGGCUCUGCAGAAGUGCUCGCGUGUCAUGGAGCUUCUGUGUGAGCAGUGUGUGCAGCAGCAGGACAUGAAUGAGGUGCUGGCUAUGAAGAUGCACUACCUGGGCUGUGUGCUCAACAAAUGCCUGUCCUUUCUACAGAACAGAGAGGACAAGCUCGACUCUCUGCUCAGGAGCCUCCUGAGGGGGAGAGACAGUGAUGGCUUCCCUCAGUACCAGGAGAAGUUCAUCCGAGACUGCAUCCGGAAGUUCCCGUACUGUGAGACCAACCUGCUUCAGGAGCUGGUGAGGAGCAUAGCACCGGUAGAGAUCGGAAAUGACCCCACAGCCUUUGCAGUUCUGAGCCAGGCGCUGACGGGACAGAUGGCUUUUGUGGAGGGAGACUACUGUGUGACAUGUGGAGAGAAGGGAGCAGACAAAAGGUGUUCCCUGUGUAAGGCAGUGGUCUACUGCAGUCUGGCCUGUCAAAAGCUUCACUGGUUCACACAUAAGAAAAUGUGUGGAUCCAUGCAGGACCAGGAUGCCAAGGCACAGGACACACCCAAGCUAAAGGAGCUGAAAGAGGAUGAGAGCGACCUGGUGUUUGAAACAGCUAACUUCCUGCAGGAGCUGUGCAUGAGAGCAGAGGAGAAGGUAGCUGCAGCGGGGGGCUGUCCUCUGGAGCUGCUCAGCCGGCCCUCCACCUCCUCUGAGGGCCCUCCCCGACCCAGGGACUGA